AUGGCAAUCGAUGAGCAAAAGGCACACAUUGCCCACGAUGAGAGCAUCGCGGAUGAGAAGAUGACCGGCAACGUCAAGACCAUCGGCACCGGCUCAGUUGCCCUGGCAGCGGCCGUGGCAAGCCAGAAACCACGGCUACUAUCCAAGAACAUGAUACAGCUCUACCUCAUCAUGGGCGUGGGGUACCUCGUAUCAACCAUGAAUGGAUUCGACAGCUCCCUCAUGGGAAGCAUCAACGCCAUGAAGCCCUACCAGGAGUCCUUCGGCCUCGCCGGCGCCGGCUCCACCACCGGCAUCAUCUUCAUCAUCUACAACCUCGGCCAGAUCGCCGCCUUCCCCUUCUGCGGCCUGCUCGCCGACGGCUACGGCCGCCGCCUGUGCAUCUUCGUCGGCUGCCUCGUCGUCGUCGCCGGCACCGCCGUCCAGGGCUCCGCCCACUCGCUCGGCCAGUUCGUCGGCGGCCGCUUCCUGCUCGGCUUCGGCGCGGCCAUCGCGAGCGCCGCGGGGCCGGCGUACACGGUCGAGCUGGCACACCCGGCAUACCGCGGCUUCAUGGCCGGCAUGUACAACAACUUUUGGUGGCUGGGGAACAUCCUGGCCGGGUGGACGAGCUACGCGUCAAACAAACAUUUGCAGUCGUCGUGGGCGUGGAGGGUCCCGACGAUCGUCCAGGCGGGCCUCCCGGGCGUGGUCAUGGUGCUGAUCCUGUUCUUCCCGGAGUCUCCGCGGUGGCUCAUCGCCAACGACCGCGCGGAGGAGGCGCUGGCCAUCCUGGCCAAGUACCAUGGCGACGGCGACGCCAACUCGGCCAUCCCGACGCUCGAGUACAACGAGAUCGUCGAGAUGAACCGCUUGGGCAAGGACGACAAUCCCUGGUGGGACUUUCGCGAGCUGUGGAACACGCGAGCGGCGCGGUACCGGCUGGGCAUGGUGGUCGGCAUGGCCUUUAUCGGCCAGUGGAGCGGCAACAACGUCGUCACGUACUUUAUGCCGGAAAUGAUUGUGCAGGCCGGCAUCACAGACACCAACAAGCAGCUACUCCUCAACGCCAUCAACCCCAUCUUCUGCAUGCUCGGCGCCGUGUACGGCGCCUCGCUGCUCGACCGUCUCGGCCGGCGCACCAUGAUGCUCGCCGGACUCGUCGGCGCGCUCGCCUCCUACUGCAUGCUCACCGCCUUCACCGCCGAGGCCGAGCGCCACGCCAGCCUCGCCUACGGCGUCAUCGCCUCCAUCUACAUCUUCGGCAUCUUCUUCUCCUGGGGCUUCACCCCGCUGCAGACGCUGUACGCGGUCGAGUGUCUGGAGAACCGCACGCGCGCCAAGGGCUCCGGGCUCAACUUUUUGUUCCUCAACAUAGCCAUGGUGGUCAACACGUACGGCAUCAGCGUGGGCAUGCAGCAGCUCGGGUGGAAGCUGUACUUGGUGUAUAUAGGGUGGAUCUGCGUGGAGAUGCUCAUCAUAUACUUCUUCUUUGUCGAGACGGCCGGGAAGACGCUGGAGCAGCUGAAAGAUGUUUUUGAGGCGAAGAACCCGGUCAAGGCGAGCAUCGCAAAGACGAAUGUAGAGUUGGACGAGAGUGGCCGCAUUGUCGGCGUUGUUGGCGAGGGUGUUUAG